AUGCUCGGACUGGACUACUCGUCGUCGGACGACGACGCCGACACCGACGUCGCGGAGGGCGUCGGGAAGGGCGUCGCCGAGGAAGACCAGAGCGCGGUGCUGGCAGUGAAGAGCGUGAAGCCGACCGGGGGGCUACCGUCCGCGGCGGCGAUGUUUUCAAACGAGGCCGAGACGGUUGAGCGGGAAUUGAGCUCAACACGGGCGGCGGCUGGAGCGCCGACGACGAUUGGAACGAAACGCACCGCGCCGACGCCCGCACUGAAUCCACGACCGGCGCAACAGAAGUAUUCGAAGUCUUUAGGCAAGAUCAACACGCUCCUACCUCCGCAGCUAAAAGGUCGAGCGAACAAACCAACGCAAGACCUCGAGGCGUUCGGCAUACGGACAAAGAAGAAAGCGCCUGCGCGUGAGUAA